AUGGACUCACCGGACGCUGCCUCCCGGCGGCUCGACCAUACCGUCAAGCGCGUCUCGCGGGCUUGUCUGCACUGCAGACAGCGCAAGUCACGCUGUGAUCUUGAUAGCAAUGGCAAUCCUGGCAAGCCGCCGUGUCAGCGGUGUGUUCGUGAGCAUCGCGAGUGUGUCCUCGGUGGCUCGAAUCGCGGUGGACGUCGUAUUCGCAAGAACAAGAUUAAAAAUUUUACCCCAGCACCGAAUCCCUCGCCGAGCAAGGACUCUGAGGACACUGCCAGCCCGGUCACCUCAGAUGCCCGCCGGGCGCCUUCUGCUUCCUACCCUGGGCCAGUCGUCUUCCUCCCGCCCAAUCCUCCGGGCCCUGCUGCUGCCGCCGCUGCAUCAGUAGCUGUCGAGGACGACGAGGAAGAAGCUUCAAUUGACUCUGUCCCUCGAAACCCUUCUGACGCCUGGCAAUGCCUGACCGGAAUCGCGACUCUCAGCGCCGAGACUGCGCCAGACACUCGUGCCAACGCCCAUGUACGAUCCGAUUCCAUGUCAACAUACGGUGGCCUACGCAGUGGCAUCGUAUCCGACUACAAUGUCCCGACCACUGGCAUCAGAGCCUAUCGCCUCGUCCAAUCUCGAUCCCUGGACCCAGGAACCGUGUGGCAGUUGGUCACUCGCUAUGCCGAAAACUUCCACCCUUAUCUUCCUCUCGUACCACGAAAAUAUUUCGAGCGGUCGGCCCUGGAUGACUUUGCCAAUAACGAAAAACACCUGCUCACUGCCGUUCUCACGAUCGCAUCCAAAGACCUUGUCGACCGUCCCGAAAUCCAUGAGUACUGCUCCAAAUACAUGCACGAGCUGAUCUCGGGCAUUGCCGCCGGUGCCGAAUGCGAUGUCGAAGCCGUCGAGGCUCUACUAUUGCUAGCAGAAUGGGAACCACAAGGUCUCCGCCCACGCAUCGAGCGCGUCGGUCGCGGUGAGGAAGACCGUGCUGCGUGGAUGCACGUCGGACUGGCGCUGCGCUCGGGCUACUUCAUCGGGCUGGAUAGGACUUCCUUCCGGGGUGAUCCGUACGGUGACCAAGAAUCAGAGGUUCGUCGACGAUUGGCUUGGGCCAGCUGCUACGUGUCGGACCGAUUGAUCUCGGUGCGCAUUGGACGUGCAUUUUGGUCGCGUGGCCCGGGCCCGAUGACGGGUUUAUCGAGUCAGGAUUUUCCGUCGCUGCAGCCUGCCAAGGAGGGUGAUGAGGAUUAUUCGAAGAUCUAUCAAGCGAUGCUGGAUCUCACUCAGUUGUAUGGAAACGUGCAUGAGGUCCUGUACUCGGGUAUGCGAAGUAAUCAGAUGAUGCUGAUGGGUGAUUAUGUCAAAUACGUCGACGACUUUCGCCUAGCCAUUUUGCGAUGGAAAUCGCUUUGGGGGCCUUUGGACUGCUCACCACCCAUGCGCGCAACUCUGCAAUUGUCAUAUGAGUAUCUACGUCUUUACACGACCGCUUUCGCUUUCCAGGCUGCAAUCUCGCAGUCUCUAGCGAAGCCAAAGACGGACAGGAGCACGCAUCGGGAGCAGCUGAGAUCUACCUUCAAGAAUGUGGCUUCUAUGCAGGACUCGCGGUUUAUCUACGAGUCUGUGGAUGCAGCAAAAGCCUAUUUGACUAUUCUGGUAGACUCGGUUGAUCCCGAGAGGCAUUUGCAUUUCAUGCCCCUUCGGUUUUAUCUAUAUGGCAUCUACUCUGCUGUCUUCCUUUACAAGGCCCGCUCCUUCGGUAUGAUGGUUCCCUCUGAGGAAGCCAAAGUCCAGGGUCUAGUAGCUCGAACCACUGAGGUUCUCAAGCAAUCGAGUGCCGGUCCCGAUGAUAUCGGAGCACGCUACUCUCGCCUGCUAGAGCUUCUGUGGCGGACCAAGCCUUCCAUGAGCAACGCCAACACCUCUGCGGAAUCGCAGCAGAACAGCGACUUCUCAAUUCAAACAGCAUUGCCCAAUCCAGUCACAGACCACACGUAUAUGGACUUUAGUCCUGCAAACGAUUUUUCCUGGCUGGACCUAGAAGCUGUGGGAGACUAUGUGUCUGGCGAUCAAAUCUCGGGAGGUUUGCUGGGUCUCGAUGCAUUCCAGAACGGGUCCGAUCCAUACCAGGCAGGACAGGAUCGGUCGCAGGUUUGGCAACCAUCAGCCUGGCUGGGCGAUAUGAGCAGCAAUCUCCUCUUUUAG